ACGCGCGCGGCGGGAAGAUGGCGGAGUCCGGUGGCAGCGGCGGUGGGGCUGGCGGCGGUGGCGGCUUCGGCGCAGGCCCGGGCCCCGAGCGCCCGAACAGCAUGGCUGAUAAGAACGGGGCCCUCAAGUGCACCUUCUCGGCGCCCGGCCACAGCACCAGCCUCCUGCAGGGCCUGGCCACCCUCCGUGCCCAGGGCCAGCUCCUGGACGUGGUCUUGACCAUCAACAGAGAGGUCUUUCAUGCGCACAAGGUGGUCCUGGCUGCCUGCAGCGAUUACUUUAGGGCUAUGUUCACGGGAGGCAUGAGGGAGGCCAGCCAGGAUGUCAUUGAGCUGAAAGGCGUGUCUGCCCGCGGCCUGCGGCACAUCAUCGACUUCGCCUACAGCGCCGAGGUGACCCUGGACCUGGACUGCGUGCAGGACGUGCUGGGCGCCGCGGUGUUCCUGCAGAUGCUGCCGGUGGUGGAGCUGUGCGAGGAGUUCCUCAAGGCCGCCAUGAGCGUGGAGACCUGCCUCAACAUCGGCCAGAUGGCCACCACCUUCAGCCUGGCCUCGCUCAGGGAGUCGGUGGACGCCUUCACCUUCCGCCACUUCCUGCAGAUCGCCGAGGAGGAAGACUUCCUGCGCCUGCCUCUGGAGCGCCUGGUCUUCUUCCUGCAGAGCAACCGGCUGCAGAGCUGCUCCGAGAUCGACCUGUUCCGAGCCGCCGUCCGCUGGCUGCAGCAUGACCCGGCCCGGCGGCCGCGCGCCAGCCACGUGCUGUGCCACAUCCGCUUCCCGCUCAUGCAGUCGUCGGAGCUGGUGGACAGCGUGCAGACGCUGGACAUCAUGGUGGAGGACGUGCUCUGCCGCCAGUACCUGCUGGAGGCCUUCAACUACCAGGUGCUACCCUUCCGGCAGCACGAGAUGCAGUCUCCACGCACCGCCGUGCGCUCCGACGUCCCCUCCCUGGUCACCUUCGGUGGCACCCCCUACACUGACAGUGACCGGUCCGUCAGCAGCAAGGUGUACCAGCUGCCCGAGCCAGGCGCCCGGCACUUCCGCGAGCUCACGGAGAUGGAGGUGGGCUGCAGCCACACGUGCGUGGCCGUGCUGGACAACUUCGUGUACGUGGCCGGGGGCCAGCACCUGCAGUACCGCAGCGGCGAGGGCGCGGUGGACGCCUGCUACCGCUACGACCCGCACCUGAACCGCUGGCUGCGCCUGCAGGCCAUGCAGGAGAGCCGCAUCCAGUUCCAGCUCAACGUGCUGUGCGGCAUGGUGUACGCCACCGGCGGCCGCAACCGCGCCGGCAGCCUGGCCUCGGUGGAGAGGUACUGCCCCCGGCGCAACGAGUGGGGCUACGCCUGCUCGCUCAAGCGCCGCACCUGGGGCCACGCCGGGGCCUCUUCCGGGGGCCGCCUCUACAUCUCAGGGGGCUACGGCAUCUCGGUGGAGGACAAGAAGGCGCUGCACUGCUACGAUCCCGUGGCCGACCAGUGGGAGUUCAAGGCGCCCAUGAGCGAGCCCCGGGUGCUCCACGCCAUGGUGGGCGCUGGUGGCCGCAUCUAUGCCCUUGGUGGCCGCAUGGACCACGUGGAUCGCUGCUUCGAUGUGCUGGCUGUGGAGUACUACGUGCCCGAGACGGACCAGUGGACCAGCGUGACCCCCAUGCGGGCUGGCCAGUCGGAGGCCGGCUGCUGCCUGCUGGAGAGGAAGAUCUAUAUCGUGGGGGGCUACAACUGGCGCCUCAACAACGUGACGGGCAUCGUGCAGGUGUACAACACGGAGACGGACCAGUGGGAGCGGGACCUGCACUUCCCAGAGUCCUUUGCGGGCAUCGCCUGCGCCCCUGUCCUGCUGCCGCGCGCUGGGGGCAGGAGGUAGUUCCUUGGACUCCUGGGAUCCUGGCCCAGCUGCAUGUGGUCUCCCAGCCCGCCCAGCAGGCACUCCCGGCGCUGGCCUCCAGGGGCCUGCUGAGCUGAGGAGCUGGGCACCCUCCUGAGGCAGAUCCUGGCUCUGAGUACAGCCCAGGGGUCCAGCCCCAAAGGCCACCACAUCAUGGCAACAAGCUCAUGCCCCAGGUGGUUCCCUCACCCAGCCUGCAAGUCCUGCUAUGGGGGGCAGCUGGGCUCCUCGUGCUGUCAUUGUGUGGCUCUGCUUCCCUUCCCUCCCUUCCCCACCCAGCUCUGCCUGCCUGUGGUUCAGAGCCCAUGAACACUGAAUGCCAGGCCCCUGGGAUGCACCUCCCCGCCCUCCUGAGUCGCCCAAAGCCUCCCUAACAUGGGGGCUCUCAGGGCAGGAGAGGCAGCUCCAGAGCCCCUGGGUUGGGCUGAUGGAUGGGGAGGGCCUCUCUGCUUCCCUAGAUGUGCUUGCCCAACCCUUUCAGCCUGAGCUGCCUCGAGGCCUCUGCCUGCGUCCCCCUGCCUGUCCUGGGCCCCUGCACCUUAAGGGCCCCUGCUCCUCUGCUUGCAGGAGAAACCACAGCUGACUCCCGGAGGCAGCCCUGAGGGCGCUGGGCCCUCCAUUUGGCGCUGAGCAUCACCCAGGGCCUGAAUGAGGGUGGCCGGCCAAGAUGCCCCAUCUGCCGCCUUGGCUCUGGGUGGCCAGGCUGUCCCUUCCCAUGGUGGAGGGGACACCAGCCCAGGCUCCAGAGUGCUUCUGCAUCCCACAGGGCUGUGGACAAUUUUGAUUCCCCUCCCUCAGCCCAGCCCAGCCCUGGUUUUAGGUCAACACACCACCAAGCCUGAGGCCACCCUUGGGCGGGCAGGUGCUGGGGCUGCUCCUUCAAGGGCUUUGCGGUAUCUCUGGCCACAUUUGUUUUGGUGUCUAACCCUCUAAACGUCUUCUUUUUGUUUUGUUUACUCUUUUUUUUUUUUUUUUAGAAGCCAGCACUGCUGUCUUCUAAGUGAGGUUCAUACUCUAGGGGCAACUUAAAGUGUCUCUUCUGCUGCUAACAGAGGAUGGAUGUCGUGUUUUGUGACCCGCUCACGGUGUAAAGGAUUAACCUCAUACCUCAGCCGCCGUCCUUCCCUAAUGUCUCCCUUUAUUUAAUAAAAAUGUU